UGUGUGUGUGUGUGUGUGUGUGUGUGUGUGUGUGUCUCUCCUCCCCGGCCACAUGAGAUGAGCUGUCUGCAGUCUUUGCAGCCACUAUUUUCGCCUCCUCCUCUUCUUGACUCUGUCUAUCUGUCCAGUCCGGGAAUGUUGACCACCGUGCCCUGAGUGGUCCAACGCCACCGAGUAUCCCUUCAUCUUCUUCUGCCACUCUCCGUGUUUGUCUCUGAGGGUUCUAGCCUGCCUCAACUCAACUGGCUGUAAGGUUCUGCUCUUUUCAUCUUGUCCGAAACGGAUCCAACCAAGCCAAUUGUGCAGAAGAGCUGAGAGAAACACAACAUGGCUCUUGCCGGAUGUCCGGAUUAUUUCCUGCAUCAUCCUAAUUAUCAGCAGGACAAUAUAGACCUGUCCUCCAAUCACAGACAAGCUGACCUCAUUGGUCCGAGCUUCCAGCAAUCAGCCAAUCGAAGUUCUCCUAACCAUCAAGAGGAUGACGUCGAUUUGGAGGCCCUGGUGAAUGAUAUGAACUCUUCGCAGGAGAGCCUGUACUCCACCUGCAGUGGUCAGCAGACAGAUUCCACCCCACUACUGCACAAUGGACAGAACUCUUCCUCACUCCACAAUCACAUGCAACACAACCAGCCUCGGCAGGGUCAGCACUUACACGCGCUAACCCACGUCUCCCCAGAGCCGUCCUCCUCCUCCUCAUGUGCGGACUCACCUCAAACAAUCCUCCGACGGUCACAACCCAUGCACAUCCUCGCUGUCCGGAGGUUGCAGGAGGAGGAGCAGCAGCUGAGGACAUCAUCUCUCCCGGCCAUUCCCAACCCCUUUCCAGAGCUCUGCAGUCCAGCAAGCUCCCCUGUCCUCAGUCCUGGCUCUCUACCCCCUGGAGAAACCUCCACUUGUAAAUAUAUUGUGAAGAUCUUCACUGAAGACGGUAUGGGUAAAGUGGUGGAGAUCCCAGCCGACAUGACAGCCAGGGACCUGUGCCAGCUCCUGGUUUAUAAAAGCCAUUGUGUGGAUGACAACAGUUGGGCACUUGUUGAACACCACCCGCUGAUAGGGCUAGAGCGCUGUCUAGAAGACCAUGAACUGGUGGUUCAGGUCCAGGCCUCAAUGAACAGCGACAGUAGAUUCCUCUUCAGGAAGAACUAUGCCAAAUAUGAAUUCUUCAGAAACCCCUUGGCAUUUUUCCCAGAGCACAUGGUUGCGUGGUGCCAGGACACCAAUCGUAUGAUUCCACCAUCUCAGCUUCUUCAGAACUUCCUAGCGACCAGUGGCUGUCCAGAGAUCCAGGGGUAUCUGUAUGUGAAGGAGGUGGGUAGAAAGUCAUGGAAGAAAGUUUACAUGUUCCUGCGGCGCUCAGGACUCUACUGCUCUACAAAAGGAACCUCAAAGGAGCCCAGACAUCUACAGUUACUAGCAGACAUUGAAGACAGCAACAUCUUCACUGUCACCACCGGCAAAAAGCAGCACGGUGCACCCACAGACUACGAGUUCUGUAUCAAGCCUAAUAAAUGUCGAGGGGAGUUGAAGGAGUUGAGGAUGCUUUGUGCGGAGGAUGAACAGGGCAGGACCUGUUGGAUGACUGCCUUCCGGCUUUUUAAGUAUGGGAUUGUGUUGUACCAGAAUUAUAAGAUUCCCCAACAAAGAAAAACCUUACUGUCACACUUCUCAGCACCUGUGCGGAGCGUGUCGGAGAACUCCCUCGUGGCCAUGGAUUUCUCAGGGAGGAUAGGUAGGGUGAUUGACAACCCUGUAGAAGCUCAGAGCGCUGCCAUGGAGGAGGGACAUGCGUGGCGGAAGAGGAGUCAACGAAUGAACAUAUUAGGCUCCCACAGUCCAUUACACCACUCCUCACUAAGCUCAGUCAUCCACAUAGCUCAGUUGUGGUUCCACGGCAGGAUGACCAGAGAAGAAUCCCACCGCAUUAUCCACCAGCAGGGACAAGUCGAUGGGUUGUUUCUGCUGAGAGUCAGUCAGAGUAACCCCAAGGCGUUUGUGCUCACAUUGUGCCAUCACCAAAAAAUCAAACAUUUCCAGAUACUACCGUGUGAAGAGGAUGGCCAAGUCUUCUUCAGCCUUGACGAUGGCGCCACCAAAUUCACCGACCUGAUUCAGCUGGUGGAGUUCUAUCAGCUCAACAGAGGAGUGCUGCCUUGUAAACUCAGACACCCAUGUACCUUUGUGGCCUUAUGACAUAUUCGGAUCACCUGACCCCAAGACUCCUAUAACUUGACCUAACUCUUCCUAAAACAAACAAGAAUCCUUCUGUCGGUUGGUUCUUUUUUUGUUUUUUAUCUUUGCAAGAAGCUGGUGAAUUGACCGAUGUUCCAUUGUCAGUUUAUAUUGCCGUGAGACCGCUGGAGACUGCUGACUUGUUGGAAUCCUUUUGCAAGGAUGUUUUUGAGGAGUCGGAUGCACAACUUGCUCACAAGAGGUUCCUCAAUCAAGAAGAGAAAGGAAAAGAACACUGGCGUUUGAGUGAAUGCUGUUGCAAAAUCUUCCACAAUUAUGCUACCGGUAGUCAUCAAUAAGCUUGGACAUAGUAACUCAAAGUUUACCACGCAACUUAAGUGUAGAGACUGCUUGUCCCUUUCCCCUGGACAAUCAGCAGGACAGUUGAACCUUUCGCGUGUAGACAACUCGGCUCUCUGAAAUUCAAACUUCAUCACACAUCCUCAAAUAAUAUACUUUAGAUGAGUUGAUUGUCUCUUAGUUUUGCACUCAUUAAACUGGGAGUGGCCUUUGACGGUGCAUGACUUCUACGCUGUCUUAACUUUGAGAUGGUGCCACCGCCAUCUAGUGUCAUAUGUGUGUAAGGAAAUCCAACAUAGACUAGAUUUGGAGGUGCCAGAAAGACUGUUUUGAAUCCUUUUGAGGUUUGGAAACAUCAGUCGAGUCAAUCUAGCCUGGUGAAAAAUGGCUAAAAUAAAAUCUGUUGAAACAAAGUAUUUUUUUAAUUGCAGACAAUACAAAAUCUGCACUGUCCACCCUCACAGAAAUGUAUUUGCUCAUCUCUCACCCCACAGGGUUUCUUGCUUAAUGAUGCAUUUAUUGCAGUUAUGUAUUGUUAUCAAUAGUCUCUUUAAUAAUAUAUUAUUUUGAAGAUCACCUUUUCCGUUCGGGAUAUUGGCAACUUUUCAUUAUUUACACAUGCUACAAUAAGGUCAUUUGGCUUAUUUCUAUGGCAAGCUGCAUAUUUAUAAAGUACGUCCCACGUAACUUCCACAAA